CUACUUUCUUCAACCUUAAAAAACCUUAAAAAUGUCAGCUUCAAGAUUGUUCUUUCUCAUUGGAUCCUGUGUUAUCCGCAACUGUAACAAACCCACAAACAUCUCUUAUCCAUUCACUGAAAUUCGCUUCACAAAACCAUUGCUUUCCCCUGUUGUACGUUACCGCAGUUACAAUUGUACCUCAGCUACACUUGAAACCAAUACAGUUGAACCUUUGGUUAGUCCUAAAAAUCAUCCAUGGCCAGAAUGGGUUGCUUUUGUUGACCGUUUGAAAAGCAAAGGAUACUUUCCAGAAAGUACGAAAAUAAGUGAAGAUGGUGAUGACAGUAUUUAUACUGAUAUGACUUUGUUGAAAGAUGCUUGUCUUAAUUUCUCUCGUGACCGGUCCAACAUUUUCAAAAAGUUGUCCACCCAAGAUAUGCAGAGAGUUGUGGAAAAGGGUUGCCCUAAUCUAUUCAGGAAGGUUGUUAACUCAGGGAAAAGGCUAAGGAUGCAUCUAAACCUUGAAGAAGCAGAGGUAUGUGGUGUUUGCAAUCUCCGUGGAUCAUGUGAUAGGGCUUACGUGAUACUAAAGGAUUCUGAGGGUGUCGCACGUACAGUAGAUAUUAUGCGAGUCUUGCUUCAUUAUGCAUUUGAUCCUUCGGUUAUAUCAAGUGGAGCAAUGUCUCCUGGUAGCGAGCUUAUCGAGGUAUCUGCAAGACAUUUGCUCUCAGAGUUGGUUGAAUUAAGUGAGAUACCUGUUGAUCCUGAACUUCCAAAAACUGCCCCCAAGGCUUCUCCAAGAAAGAAACAAUCUGUUAGCUCAGGAAAAGAUGGUUCAGAACAUGUUGGAAUGAAAAGAAGAGAUUCAAGUGGUCUUGAGGGAGAAAUGCCUACAAAAGGUUUUGAGAUGAAGCCAGGAGAUUGGGCCUGUUCGCAAUGCAACUUUAUGAACUUCUCCCGUAAUGCACAAUGCCUGAGAUGCAAAGCAGAAGGACCUGGUCAAGAUGCUCGUGUACCAGUUCAAGAAAUGAAAAAGGGAGAUUGGAAUUGCCCACAAUGUAACUUCAUGAAUUUCGCUGGCAACACCAAAUGUAAACGCUGCCAAGAGCUGCGUCCUAAGAGACAGCUGAAUCCUGGAGAGUGGGAGUGCCUCUCAUGUGACUUCUUGAACUUCAGAAACAACAUGGUCUGCAAGAAAUGCAACUGUGAACGUCCCAAGGAUGCAAAAAUGCAGUCAAAAUACGAGCAGCAACUUUGGACAAAGCCAUACUAACAUAGCUAAAGAUCAGCUCCUACAGUUGAUAGAGGAUAUCAUCAACAAAAAAUAUAGAAGAUGUAGUUUUUUGGUGCUUCAGGUGAGUGGAUAUGGAAACGGGAAUAACAUACAUAUGCAUACAUUUCUUCCUCUCGAUGUUACUUUAGCAACUAAGAGAUGUUUGUGUCUUAAUUCAUUUUUUCCUGUAAUAGUUUUGUAAUUAUAUCAUGCUGUAGAAUCUAAACAGUGUUUCAUGGCCACUUUUUUAAUAACAUUCUGUAGAAUCUAUUCUUUUGGAUUCAGGUGUUUGUCUUGCAUAACCAGGAGACUACUGAAUUUAAACAAGAAAGUUGUCUGGAAAUUAGCUGUAUGAAAUUUCCUGUUUCAGUUUGUUCA